AUGAUGAAUAUGAACUGGCGGGAAGCGAUCAAGCAAGCACAACAGAAGAUUGACAAGGUUUUGGAUAUUAGACCAACAGAAGAAGAAGACGAAAAUGAAACAUCAACUUCGAGGGGAGUUGCAGUUACCGACAUUGAUAUGGGCGAUGACCCAACAAGUUCAAAUCAGGUUGAACAUUCUCCUUCUUCAAUUUCCCCGAAUUCCGAUCAGGAGCAACAUGUAGUGGUUUGCGAGCCUUUACUACCUCCUACAUCUCAUGGCCAGCCUACUGGAGAUGAUAUUCAAACUAUUGUUUCGUCCGAUAUUGAGAUUUUACCCGGGACAGCUACGCCAAAUACUUCACCGGAGAUUACUGAAUGCGUUGAAUUGCCUGAUUUGAAUGAGAUUUUGAGAAACAAUAAGUGGCUAAAAGAAAAGCUCGAGUAUGAGCAAAAGAAAAUGAUUGAUUUGAAGGAGCAAAACUCGAAGCUAAAUGCAAAGACACAAAAGAUUGAAAAGGAGUUUGAUAAUUUCAAAUCAGAAGCGUCAAAGUUCAGCGAAGAAGCGUUCAAAGCUCGCAAGUCAGCCUUAGCUUCUCGUGCAAAAGUAAAAGAACUCACUGCUCAAGUUGCUGCAUUGGAGGAGAAGCUUGCCGCAAAGGAUUUGAAAAUUAAUGGAAUGCAAAGUGCAAUGGAAGAUAAUCUCGAAGUAAUCAACAAAUAUAAUUCAUCUAGUCAACAACAAGCCGACGAAAUAAAGAAACUGAAUGCAAGUCUUUUGGAAAAAGAAGAGCGAAUAAAAAAUCUUGAAACUGUCAUUGAUGAGUUCGAACAAAGAAAACACGGUGAACAAACGGGAACGCUUUAUAUGGAUGAUAUGGUUGAGCAGACGUUAGCAGGAUUGAAAGAAGAAUUGGAAGAAUACCGAAGAGCGAAUUUCAAUUUGAAGGAAGAUUAUAAUAAGCUUCAAGAGGAAAUGGAACGAAAACAGUAUGAAUACGAUAAUCGGCUCUCCGAAACUGUUAAUGCUGCCCGAUUCGAAUUCAACGACGAAAUUUUAACAUUAAAAAACGACUACGAACGUGUUUUGGCAGCCAAAAAUGAUCUGGAACGAAAGGAAUCUCGUAUAAUGAGCCAAUUAGAGCUAGUGCUUAGGGAAUCAAUGGUUUUGAAAAAAGAGCUUUUGACAAUUAACGAUAUUGUACACGACUUGAAUACAUAUGCUGGUGUUGAGCAUGAAAAAUUGGCUAGGGACGUAUCAGCUGCAGUGGCGACAAUUCUAAAAUGUCAGCAACUUAAACAUAAAGAGGACUUAAGAAAAAGGGAGUCGACAAAGCGUGCACAAUAUCAAGAAAAAUCUGCUCAGACAGAAUUUAAGUUCAAGGAAGAUCAAAUCAUUGAAAGUUCGACUUCUAAUCUACCGACGGAAUCUUCAGCAAUGGCGGGCUUCGAACCGUGUUGGUGUAGCACGUUGCAGGAUCGCCGAUACGUUUCAAGUAUGGCGGAUAUGAUCAAAAUGAUUGAUGAAUUGUCUGUUCAAAAAGACCAAUUGGAAACUACGCGACGGACGGUUGCUUUGGAAUUGAAGGAGGCGAAGAGACAGUUGAGUGAAGUGCUCAUUAUGCAUGGAGAGAAGAUUGAAGAGUUGGAAGAGCUGCGAAACGACAAUGAGGAUUUGCGAAACAUGUUGAAAGAGCAAGCGCUAUCCUUCACUGAAACUCAGAAUGCAAAGAAACUCGAGCAUCCAUCUUUCGAAUAG